UUAUGGACACGAUACGACACUUUGCGUCCAAUCUUUGGAAAACAACACCAAUAUCUGUCGACUCAUUGCUCAUUGUAUGUCACACAAGUAUGAUAUACAAAACUGCUGCGUUGGAAGACUUCCGUCUUGACAUUCAAGAGGAAUUGGAGAAGUCCUGUGGACUAAGCCUUACAGCCGACCAUUUCAUUUUCGGAGUGAACAGCGAAAUGGUCAGUACGAAAAUCUCAGAAAAAAUAGAAACACGAAUCAUAGAGAAAUUCUACACGAUGAAAGAACAUUUGCAAAGCUUCGUUAGAAGUAGAAGUAACUUUAAGAUGGAGAAAAUUGACGUUGUAGAGACAGAACAACUAAUAGGUGCAAUACAGGGGUUUUUGAAAAACGGCUUAGGAUUUGUUGAUAUAUUAGAAGACAGUCAAGGUAUGGGCGAACGAUUUGAAGAAGUAGUUCUACGCCAUCUUAUGUGCAUUAUAAGAUGCGCUGUCCUGGAUCCGUUGUCGUUAAAGUUUAACUUAACACAAGACACAUGUAACCAGAUUGCUCAUGAAGUUAAGUUGGAAGAUAAAAUGAAAAAGAGUGUCUCCAAAAACACUCGAUACCACUUGGGUAAGCUACAAAAGCCCUGCGAGGAAAUGCAUAAGGCGAUGAAGGAGACCAACAAAUGGUACAGGUUUCCAGGAAGAAAUUUUAUGUUUAUCGCAUAUCCAUUGCGGGACGACAUUCGACAGAACAUUUUACAGUUGGAAGAGGAUCUUGGAGUUUUGCGACGUACCGUGACUGUGAUGAAGAAGAUGAUCUUUGAAAUUAACAGGAACAUCAAGCAAUCCAUUAUCGAAGAUGAAGUUUUGAAAAGGCUAAACGGAACAAAGCUUUAACCGAUGAAUUAAGGAAAAGAAUAUUGUCAAUUGAUGGCGUUUAUGGAACUGGAACAAUAUAUGGCGAGUGGGAAAUUCAUGUACAAAACGAAAACGCUAAAAUAUCUGUACAGGAGCUUAUGACGCACUUCAAAGUCAGACAUCCAGUUCGUGUUAGGAACGUACUUAAGGAGCCAAAGGUCCUAGCAGGUGGUCAGGUGGAACAUGGUGGAGUAUUAGAGAGUGAGUGCCCUGGUGGUACAUUUCGAUCAGGUACGUUGGGUACAUUUGCAGACAGCCAUAACGACGACCUUUACGCCUUGACAUGCGGUCACGUGGUUUAUGCUGAUGAUGAUAGGGAGCAUAAUAUUUACAUAAGGAACACCUCAAACGAAAGGCAGCUGUUUGCUAAAAGCAAUCCAUCUUUGACUGUACGCUGUGGUAACCAACAACGCGCGUUAAUUGAUAUUGCAGCAGUAAAAGUAAUUGAUCCUGUCCGACCGAACUGCACAAAGUUUCUUAAGGAUGCCGACGGAAUGCUGAAAAGUGCGGUACUAGUGACGGAAAAUAUUAUUGGUUUAAAUGCGCCAUACAUUUUUAAACAUGGAGCGGCUUCAAAUUUAACAGAGGGUCUUGUCUGCUCUGAGGACUAUUCAAUCGCAGCUGGGUUGGAGGGCUAUAUAGUCCUUAUUGCUUCCCCUCCAGGGUGUGCUGAUGAUGAGACGUAUGCGAAACCCGGAGACAGUGGCUCCGUGAACUGUAUGCCUGAUGUCGACAAAAAUAAAACUGUUAAGGUUGUGUCGAUGCUAAGUGGUGGGGGUUUGGAAUUGGAUGAGUUUGAUGAGCAACUGUAUUUCUCGUUCCAGCUAAGUGUAGGCCUAGACACUUUAAGAGACAGGGAUGGCGGGAUAGAAUUAAACCUUCCGUCUACACAUAGUGAUAGACCAAUGUUUUGAAUUUAAUUUGAUUAACAAGUUAUGAAGCAAUGAUGCAAUGCUAUCUUGAAAAUGGAAACUACGUGCUAUUACGAAAAAUGGUGGAAAGAGUGUUGAAUUUAAGAGUUUCUAACACUUGGUAAAUUCUUAAACUAUAGUAACUGUAACAGUCUUUAUGAUAACGAAACCUUCGACUUUGGCUACAUUUUGACACCUGGUGACGCAUUUGAAUAAACAAAACUAACGUAAUGAAUUACGAAAUAAAUUUAAUUAAGUAACAAAAAUGGAGAAAUUUUUAUUUAAUACAUUUUAAAAUGAUAUGACUAUUGCUGGCUAAUAAACUGAACUUGCUAUU